CAAAUGGAAGACGAAAUAGCUGUUGCACCGUCUGUUCCAACGUACGGAAAAGAACCGGCUCGCUUUCAAUUAGACAAUGAAAUAGGCGAAACUUACAUGAUCGGAUCUGAUGUUGGACAGUAUCUUCGCUUAUUCCGAGGAGCGUUAUACCGCAAAUAUCCUGGAAUAUGGCGACGUAUGGUUACCUCUAAUGAGCGCAAAAUUCUAGCCGAAGCUGGCUUAAUAGGAUCAGGGGGAGCAUUGAAUAUAACUCUCGUCAAAGCUUCAGAAGUAGACGAAAUUUUGACAGGAAGUGGCGAAAAGUAUAAGAAUUCAGGUCCGGUGUCAACGCCAUCUCUGGCUGAAACUCCAAGUAAACCAGAGGCAACUACAGUUACCAGCACUUCUACUCCGGCUGCUAGUGGUGGGCGAAGUAGCAAGAGAGGAUUGAGUAGUGCUCAUUCUUCAUCCUAUGGCCAAAAUGUGCCUAAUACUUCACAUCACCUCGACGCCGUUCCCUGUUCGACACCUAUUAACAGAAACCGAAUCGGAUCAAGAAGUAAGAGGAACUAUCCUCUAUGUAUCGAUGAUACAGAUGCCGAUUCUUUUAUAGAAAACAGCAAACGCGAGGAAGUUUUAGUUCCCAUUCGAUUAGAUUUGGAAAUUGAAGGACAGAAAUUACGCGAUUGUUUCACGUGGAACAAAAAUGAGCAGUUACUUACACCGGAGAUGUUUGCGGAAAUCCUAUGCGAAGAUUUAGAUCUAAACCCUCAAGCAUUCAUUCCAGCAAUAGCGCAAAGUAUGCGCCAGCAAAUCGAAGCGUUUCCCACCGAACAUAUUUUAGAAAACCAAACGGAUCAGAGGGUGAAAAUUAAAUUAAACAUUCAUGUUGGAAAUAUUUCUCUUGUAGACCAUUUCGAAUGGGAUAUGGCUGAGCCUUUGAACUCCCCAGAAGAAUUCGCAAUGAAACUUUGCUCUGAAAUCGGACUUGGAGGCGAGUUCGCGACAGCAAUAGCUUACAGUAUCCGAGGUCAACUAUCGUGGCACGCUAGGACCUAUGCGUUUAGUGAAGAUCCUUUACCAGUUGUAGAAGUAGUUCUUAGAAAUAGACAUGAAAUUGAUCAAUGGGGACCAACUAUGGAGACUUUGACUGAUGCGGAAAUGGAGAAGAAAAUUAGAGAUCAAGAUAGAAAUACUAGAAGAAUGAGACGAUUGGCGAAUACUGGAGCUUCAUGGUGAUGUAUUGUCUCGAUAAAAGCCGAUAAGUCUAAAUCUUAGUUUCUUAAACGAACAUCGAUGAUUUAUGACUGAUUGUUUGAGUUGUUACACUUGUUCAUACACCAAGGAAUCGAUUAAAACUGCUGCUAAAAGUGCACUGGCUUUUUGCAAAAUAUGAUGCAUGCAAGAAAUUUGUAUAUAAAAUCUGCAAGUUGAUGUAUAAAUUUUAUCCUGAAUCAUACGCUAGGAGAAGGAACGAGAUAAGUUGCCCGGGUUUUUGACCUCAACUAUUGUCUAAUGUGUGUGAAAUUAUAGCUGGUAGAUUGUUGUUUUUGUUUUGUAUUCGACUCCUAAGUUUAGUUGCAUCAGUUGCGUUGUUUAAACUGUUUUAUUUUACUUGUGCAAUUUAUGUCUCCUUGACCUUAAUUUAAUCUCAAUUUCAAA